CAGCGUCCCAACGUAUCGUACGUCAUACGCUGCUAUGUUUUCCUGCCAGGGAAUCUUAAAAUACAUACUGUAUUUUCUCACUUUUAGCGUAAGGGAAUCAUCGUAAGAUCGAAAAAAAAGUCGAACCAUCGGGUCUUGGGGACCAUCUGUUUUACAGUUGCCUGAUCUCUCACUCCUUAGGCUCUUUCAACAAAAUCUUCAUGUCUGACACCUUGAGCUUCAGUACAUCAUGGUUAUUUUGGCCGCCUUUUGACUCCCACCACAGCUACAGAUUUAAACUGGCUACAAUUCGGCCUUUCUAUUGCAGUUCGCGGAAGCGCCUUCAGGUGGCGAUAGAGCAUCAGGAGUGAAACAGCCCGCCGCCAUUAAACCAGUACCGAAAGGGGAGAAGGAGCACAAUGAUGGCUGAUCCAGCGGUGGCCUUCCAGAGCCAGCUCGCCUCCAUCAUGGAGGUGCUGGUUCGAAACGCAGUGUGCGAGAUUACGCGGCUGUAUGAGAAGAGCAUGGUGGAGCUGCAGUCCGUUUUAGCCCAGAGUGAGUCGGAGAAGGCCAGCCUGAAACUGAAGCUGCAGCAGUCGGAGAAAGCGUCCACGUUACCGGCAGGCUGUAACAGCAGUGCAGUCAGCGGAGCAGAGUCCCAUGAGUCCUUGGCCCAUGUUGAUACAGUCGUCAAACAGGAGGACACAGAGGCGGACAUGAAGAUCGACACAUUCUGCACAGUCUGUGGGAAAAUGUCCAGGCAGGACUCCCCAUUCUGUGAGGCUUGCUGGAAGACGAUGCAGUUUCCCUCCCAUCCAUCAGAGGGCAGCAUUGUUGUCACGGAAUCCUCACGCAGUGAUCGAGCAGGAGGAGCCAGCCUCGACAUCCCGAAAUGUCUGGACCUGAAUGUGUUUGAAGCAGACACUGAGGAAUUUCCCAGGUUGUUUGAACCUAAACCCUUCUGCUCUCUCAGCCCUACAGAUGUCAGUGACAAAUGCCUGGCGGCCCCGGAAACCUGUGCCGUACCGUCCGACAGCCAUUGUUCAGCGAGGCACUCCCCGGCCAAAAGACCCCGGCUGUCUUCCGAGGUCGACGGCACCUCUGACAGCAUGGCGGCGGAGGCUAAAGAGUUGGUGCAGGCGAUUCUGGCCAGGAGGCCCGGCGGGGAUAGAGUCAUACAGGAGUAUCGGGCCAAGGGAACGCUGACGGACACCACCAGAAGGCACCUCAUCAACCUGCUAGUGGCCCACAUGACAGAGACUCAGGGGACGAGCCCACCUAAAAAUGUACGAGAACUUUACGCCCUGGGAAUUAUCAGCCUGUUUCCUUCUCUCAAAGAUCCUUUCUCUCAAAACGGCUAUGAGCAUUUCUACGACGGCCGAAGCGGGACAGGGUACCUGGCCUGGCGGCUAAAGACCGUCCAGCGCAAGGGCUUCCACCGGAACCGGGGCUCCCAGAAGAACGUGGUGAGCAGGGGCCCGGACUUCGUGAGGCAGACGCAGCCCGGCGAGCAGCUUCACGGCGACUGCCUCCUGCAGGCCAUCUCCGCUCUGGCCCGCUGCACCGACCGGGAGCAGGUCCUCCUCAAGAUGCGGGAGACCUUCCAGUACCGACAGCAGCUGGUCCAUGACCCGCAGAAGGCCGGUGCCGUGCUGUCCACCUUCCCGCGCCUGCUGGACACCAAGGGCCUGCUCACAGGUAAUGGAAGGCUGGAAAAUCAGCAGUGCUCCGACAUUGAGGAUCGUGAUUUGAGCAGCCCUGCUUUAUGGCCUCCUGGUCACAACACCAGCAGUCACAAGACAAAUCUACCUGGUUCCCCCUCUAAGGUGAACCAGGACUUCACCCUCCUCUUUGGGCUGGAGACCUCCUGCAAGUUGCUGGAGAGUUGGACCCACGUUUUCAAGGCCAAGGUCAUCAAGGAAGCCAAGUGUCUCACGCAGUCGGCCGACCUCUCCGUGCUGCUGAGGAGCGCGGAGCAUAAGUCGGACGGCCCCUGGGAUCUGCCUGAAGAUCAGGGGUGGGACAGUGACAUGGCCUCCAUGCUGCUGCUGGUUCACCUUUUGCCACCACCCGCAGGAAGGAGGAAAUCGGCCAAAAUCAGCGCGCGGGAAGCCGUCGACCGUAUGGUCCAGUUUCAAGAGCUGAACUCCAGGCCAGAGCCGAGUCCCCGUGUGCCAGUAGACCAGCGGCAGCCCUUCCUGGUGGCUGUGGGCCGCAGGAAGGACCAGAUCCAGAGCUUCUUCAUCGCCCUGGAUGGGCGCCUGCUGCCCUGUCAGGCCGGAAGCUCGCUGGGGGCCUUCGACGAGCUCUUCAAGGCGCACUUCGUGUUCGGCCUGACGUACGACGAGGCGCUCAGCAGUGUGUACACCUUCCUGCAGACCACCAUUUACCACAUCGACGUGGGCAGCGUGAAGGAGAGCCCCCGAGUUAAGGAGCUGAGGGCCAGGCUGCUCAAUAACUGCUGACCCACCCCUUGGUGGCCGUCCGCAUGCUGACCUCCCCAGGGGUCCCCUGAUCCCAGGUGCCUGCAGAGACGGAGCAGCUUUGACAGGAAUAAGCAGAAUCAUUUUUGUUGCCGUCUUAUGGAUUCUGGCUUCAUCCUCCGACCACUGAGGGGCGCAAUAGCGACCUGUUGAAAGGGACAGGGCCCCAUCUCUCAGGUGCUGCUCCUCAGGUCCCUCACAUCAGACUGCGAUCCCAGAUGCACCGGAUGGGAAACAUCGCUACAAGUACAUUUAAGAGGCUUCAGUGAGCAUGGAUUGGUCUGGGGGGGUGCACAUAUGAAUCGGGCAGAGAUCCCAGACCGGGUCCAGACCAUGUAGCAGAGUGAAGGUCACGCUGCAGUUUGGCUGGUUUAUAGUUCACGACUGAAACGGCGGCAUCUCACACCUUCCUUGGCUUUAUCACAUUUUGUUAAUAAGUAUUCACCUGUGACUGGGUCCAUCAGAUCGCCCUUUUGGUCAAGCCCAUAACAUUAAUUUUAUAAUCCGUGUUGCAUUUUUAAGCUAACUAGCUAGGAACGAUAAACUGCGUAAAACUGGAAAACGUUACGUCAUAUUGAAAUGUUGUCAUACUGGUGAAAAUUACUCAUCUCAUUAAUCAUCUACCCAGCUAUCUACUCAUCCCCCUUACAACCAGUGUUUGACAAGAGUAACCUAGGAAACUUUCAUUCAUUAAUUAAAGUAACUUCCAAGAUGGUUAAAAGUGAUUAAAUCCGCAAGUUAUUAAGGUUAGAAUCUGCAAGUUUAACGCAAGUUUAAUUAACAAUUUCAGGGGUGAAAAAUGCACAAACCUAAUUCAUUUUUUGAGCAUUUUUGCAUAAAAUUAGACCAGCCAGCUGCAGAAUUUACAUAAUUUUGCUGGAAUUUGUAAUUCUGGCGCGUCGUGAGGAAAACAGAUUCACACAACGCAAAUAGAUCCUCACAAUCUAACGCUGAAAGUAUUAACCAUUUUUUACUUGAUUUUUGUACUUUGUGCUUAUUUCCACAACACAGUAUUUUUUUUAACAGAAGUUGUGUUUGAAAUCCUUUUAUAUACUCAAUGCAUCAAUUAAAUUUAUGGAAUUUAGCAUUAAUUUUACAUUUUUAGGGGAUUAAGCCGCAACUGUAGUCAGACAGCUAACUAUAAAGCAGCCUUGCAACUUCAAUGCCGAAAACGACGAAGUGGAACCAAUUCACAGCAAGUUUCUGUGAGAAGUUCAGAGGUUAUUCUGAGCAGAACCUGCCGUUGUGACCAAUUUUGUAUUUUGUUUUUUGCUGCUCUAAAAUAUUUAACCGAGUUACAUUGUGGUGUAACAGUAUGUCGUUCUCCUGACACAAGUAAACAAACUGCAGUGCUUGGCGUGAAAUUGUUUUGAUUGAAAGUGAUGUUAACUGGUGGGUGUUCAGUGCUUUCUUUACAGUUCGUGUGCAAGUUUGUGCCACGCAGCCGUUAAGUGUUUCCAGAAUUAGAUGAACUUCUUUAAAUUUAGCGUACUGGAAAAGCUGGGCAGGAUAUGAAGGCAUUACGGGAGGAAGCGGUCCUCACAUGCCUGUCUCGGUGCUUGGGGCAUUAAAAAUGCAGGAGACCACCAUUUUUUAUACUGCAAAACUGUCCCCUGUGUGUAAACUCACAGCGGCUUGUCCUGUGGAUGCUGCCGCUUGCCCCAGAGUAAGUCGGCGUCUGGGUGCAGGUCGGCGGUUCAGUGUGGGCUGCUUCUGCAUGGGGCAGUCGGUUUGCUGCACCCUGAUCUGCUCCUCACAUUUCCGUCUCGUCCCAGUGCCUCUGAGAAGUCGGGGCCCAUUAAUGACGCUUUAAUGUUUAGACGUUUUACAUUGUCAGAUUAGCCAUGACUUUGUACGCUGGUUAGUUACUGGCCCCUGUGUGGUGAUUAUAAACAUCAUUUGAAUUAGAUGAGUGAUGGAUCGAUGUUACGCCAAGCAGUAACAUUGGCGUGCCAGAUAAUCUGGUUUUGUGUAGUGUAUCAUUACAGAAAAUGUUCAUUAAAUUCUUUUUUAUAACAA